AUGGCUGAAUCGCUCGCGGCGCUCGGCGUCGCGUCCAACAUCGUCCAGUUCGUCGAGCUCGGCUUCAACAUCACCAAGGCCGUGAUCGAGACCUACCGAAGCACCGAUCUCGAUGGGUUGGCGGAGCGCAAUGCCGAUCUGGUUGCCAUGACCUCCAGCCUCAAAGACCGGUGUACUCUGCUUCAAGAUGACACUGCGGCGAAAGCUGACCCGAUCACCAUGGGCCUCUUAAAGCGAUGCAUAAAAGUCGCAAAUGAGCUACAUUCCGAGCUUGAAGGGCUCAAGAUGAGCACUUCUGCCCGCAAUCGAAGCUUACGGAAGUUCGUAAAAUCGAUCAAGGCGUACUGGAGAAAGAGCAAGAUAGAAGACCUUGCAGCCAGAGUGGAAGACAUCAAGAAGGAAAUCUUCGAGAGGUUGGAGCCUUUGCUUUAUGAUCAUCGCAAGUCGCUGUCAGAAGCCAUGCGCUCACUGGGCGAAGCAUCGGCCGCUUGGAACAACGCCACCGAGAAAAGGCUAGAUGCUAUUGCCCGAGACCUGGAAAGGCUUGUCAACGCGCAAGUAGUGGAACAGUCAACAGAAGACCUCGAGAGCUUUGCAAAACAGCUGUCCAGGUUCGUGGAUGAGACAAAUCAUCGCGGCAACAUAAGGAGUAUCCUCAAAAGUCUUCACUUUGCGCAAAUCAAAGAGAGACAAAAUGAGAUUCCACGGGCGCAUCGUAACACGUUUGAAUGGAUAUUCGACGAAUCCUCAUCUGUCAAUUUUACGUCAUGGUUUCAAUAUUCAGGCCAAGGCGUCUUCUGGGUGACGGGAAAACCUGGAUCUGGGAAGUCUACCCUGAUGAAGCUCAUUCUGGAUCAUGAGACGACUAAAACGCUGGCUGAGAGAUGGGCCGGAUCAAAGCCUCUCAUUCUCGUCAGCCAUUUCUUCUGGAGUGUCGGAAACAAAAUUCAAAAGUCACAGGAGGGUCUGCUCCGGACGCUGUUGUUCCAGAUCAUGGUUCAAUGCCCAGAAAUCAUUCCGGCAGUUUGCGCCGAGAGGUACUCAAACCCCUUCAGAUCUCUCGAGUCCUGGAGCAUCGAAGAGCUCUCAGAGACGUUUGAAAGAAUCCAGCACAUCCAGGAACUCCCAAGCAGAAUUUUGCUAUUUGUCGACGGUCUUGACGAGUACAGCGGAGAGCCGAGGGAACUUACGAAGUUUUUGGGCGCAAUCGCAAACUCCCCAAACAUCAAAACCUUGGCCUGA